GCUCUGCGGCGGCCGCGAGCGGAGCGGGUGCGCCCUCGAUGGCCCGGACGCAGGGCUGAGCCCCCCGCGCCCGCACCAUGCAGAAGAGCGUGCGCUACAACGAGGGGCACGCCCUGUACCUGGCCUUCCUGGCCCGCAAGGAGGGCACCAAGCGCGGCUUCCUGAGCAAGAAGGCGGCCGAGGCGAGUCGCUGGCACGAGAAGUGGUUCGCCCUCUACCAGAAUGUGCUCUUCUACUUCGAGGGCGAGCAGAGCGGCCGCCCGGCCGGCAUGUACCUCCUGGAGGGCUGCAGCUGCGAGCGGGCGCCCGCGCCUCCCCGUGCCGGCACGGGGCCCGGAGGUGCCCGGGACGCGCUGGAUAAACAGUAUUACUUCACUGUUCUCUUUGGCCACGAAGGUCAGAAGCCACUGGAGCUGCGCUGUGAGGAAGAGCAGGACGGCAAAGAGUGGAUGGAGGCCAUUCACCAAGCCAGUUAUGCAGACAUUUUGAUUGAGAGGGAAGUUUUAAUGCAGAAGUACAUCCAUCUAGUUCAGAUCGUAGAGACAGAAAAAAUUGCAGCUAACCAACUCCGGCAUCAACUGGAAGAUCAAGACACAGAAAUCGAAAGACUUAAAUCUGAGAUCAUUGCUCUUAAUAAAACCAAGGCACGAAUGCGACCUUACCAAAGCAAUCAAGAGGAUGAGGAUCCAGACAUCAAAAAGAUUAAAAAGGUUCAAAGCUUCAUGCGAGGAUGGUUGUGCAGAAGAAAAUGGAAGACCAUCGUGCAGGAUUACAUUUGUUCUCCUCAUGCUGAGAGUAUGAGGAAGAGAAACCAGAUUGUGUUCACCAUGGUUGAAGCUGAGUCUGAGUAUGUGCACCAGCUCUACAUCCUGGUCAAUGGCUUCCUCCGACCCCUACGCAUGGCGGCCAGCUCCAAGAAGCCACCCAUCAGCCACGAUGAUGUCAGCAGCAUUUUUCUCAACAGUGAAACAAUCAUGUUUCUCCAUGAAAUAUUUCAUCAAGGACUGAAGGCAAGGAUAGCAAAUUGGCCUACUUUGAUUUUAGCUGAUCUCUUUGAUAUUUUACUCCCCAUGUUGAACAUUUAUCAAGAGUUUGUGCGUAAUCACCAGUACAGCCUCCAGGUGCUUGCCAAUUGUAAGCAGAACAGAGAUUUUGACAAACUCUUAAAACAGUAUGAGGCCAACCCUGCAUGUGAGGGGAGGAUGCUGGAAACGUUCUUGACCUACCCGAUGUUUCAGAUUCCCAGGUACAUCAUCACACUUCAUGAGCUCCUAGCUCAUACUCCCCAUGAACAUGUGGAGAGGAAAAGUCUGGAGUUUGCUAAGUCAAAACUAGAGGAGCUUUCCAGGAUCAUGCAUGAUGAAGUGAGUGACACCGAGAACAUAAGGAAAAACCUGGCCAUAGAGAGAAUGAUCGUCGAGGGCUGUGAUAUCUUGCUGGACACCAGCCAAACCUUCAUUCGCCAAGGUUCUCUUAUUCAAGUACCCUCUGUUGAGAAGGGUAAACUUAGCAAAGUUCGCCUGGGUUCAUUGUCUUUGAAAAAGGAAGGAGAAAGACAGUGCUUCUUAUUUACCAAACACUUUUUAAUUUGCACAAGAAGUUCUGGAGGAAAGCUGCAUCUGCUCAAGACAGGUGGGGUCCUCUCUCUGAUAGAAUGCACAUUGAUUGAGGAACCUGAUGCAAGCGAUGAUGAUUCCAAAUGUUCUGGUCAAGUUUUUGGACACCUGGAUUUUAAAAUAGUGGUGGAGCCCCCUGAUGCUGCCCCGUUUACUGUGGUGCUGCUUGCCCCCUCACGCCAGGAGAAAGCAGCCUGGACCAGUGACAUCAGUCAGUGUGUGGACAAUAUACGGUGUAAUGGCUUAAUGACUAUAGUAUUUGAAGAGAAUUCCAAAGUCUCUGUUCCACAUAUGAUUAAGUCAGAUGCUCGCCUUCAUAAGGACGACAUCGACAUCUGCUUCAGUAAAACGCUCAACUCCUGCAAAGUGCCGCAGAUCCGGUACGCUAGUGUCGAGCGCCUUUUGGAACGGCUGACGGACCUGCGUUUUCUGAGCAUCGAUUUCCUCAACACCUUCCUGCACACUUACCGCAUUUUCACCACAGCCGCCGUGGUGCUGGCGAAGCUCUCUGACAUCUACAAGAGGCCUUUUACCUCCAUCCCUGUUAGGUCGCUGGAAUUGUUCUUUGCUACCAGCCAGAACAACAGGGGUGAGCAUUUGGUGGAUGGAAAAUCCCCUCAUCUGUGUCGCAAAUCCUCAUCCCCACCGUCGAUGGCGGUGUCUCGGACAUCCUCCCCCGUGAGGGCCCGAAAGCUGUCCCUGACGUCUCCCUUGAACUCACGGAUAGGAGCCUUGGAACCGACCUCCUCCUCCGCAUCCAGCAGCCCCACCACAGCCCACAGCCCUGCUGCUUCCCCACCGCCGCACACGGGCAAAGUACCCUCAGACCUUCCCCGAGGCCCGUCUUCCCCAGAACAAAGCCCAGGGUCAGUGGAAGAGCAAGUGGAUAACCCCCGUGUGGACCUGUGUAACAAGCUGAAACGAAGCAUUCAGAGAGCAGUACUGGAAUCUGCACCAGCAGACCGAGCCUCAGCAGAAAGCACAGCAGUGAUGGACACCACGGACCUUUCACCCUGUAGGUCCCCCUCCACACCCCGGCAUCUCCGCUACCGUCAGCCUGGAGGACAGACAGCGGACAACUCCCACUGCUCUGUUUCACCUGCGUCUGCUUUCGCCAUCGCCACAGCUGCAGCAGGACAUGGGAGUCCACCAGGUUUUAAUAACACUGAGAGGACGUGCGACAAAGAGUUUAUUAUCCGGAGAACAGCCACCAAUCGAGUCCUGAAUGUCCUCCGCCACUGGGUCUCCAAGCAUGCACAGGAUUUUGACCUCAACAAUGAACUAAAGAUGAACGUCUUAAAUUUGCUAGAAGAAGUUUUGCGAGACCCAGAUCUUCUUCCCCAAGAAAGAAAAGCCACAGCGAAUAUCCUGAGGGUCCUUUCACAAGAUGAUCAAGAUGACAUCCACCUAAGAUUAGAGGAUAUAAUUCAGCUGACAGACUGUCCAAAGGCUGAGUGCUUUGAGACCUUAUCUGCCAUGGAGUUGGCUGAGCAGAUCACUCUCCUGGACCAUAUUAUUUUCAGAAGCAUCCCCUACGAAGAGUUUCUUGGUCAGGGAUGGAUGAAAUUGGAUAAAAAUGAGAGAACCCCGUACAUCAUGAAAACCAGCCAGCACUUCAAUGAUAUGAGUAACCUGGUGGCCUCACAGAUCAUGAAUUACGCUGACGUUAGCUCCCGUGCCAAUGCCAUUGAGAAGUGGGUGGCUGUUGCUGACAUUUGCAGAUGCCUGCACAACUAUAACGGUGUGCUGGAGAUCACCUCAGCCUUAAACAGAAGUGCCAUCUACAGGCUGAAGAAAACUUGGGCCAAAGUGUCGAAGCAGACAAAAGCUCUAAUGGACAAGCUUCAGAAGACAGUUUCAUCUGAAGGAAGAUUUAAAAAUCUCAGAGAAACUCUUAAAAAUUGCAACCCCCCAGCUGUCCCGUACCUGGGCAUGUACCUGACGGACCUGGCAUUUAUUGAAGAAGGAACACCCAACUUUACUGAGGAAGGCCUUGUCAAUUUCUCCAAGAUGAGAAUGAUAUCACAUAUCAUCAGAGAGAUACGUCAGUUUCAGCAGACUUCCUAUCGAAUAGACCAUCAACCAAAGGUCACGCAGUACUUGCUGGACAAAGCCCUCAUCAUGGAUGAAGACACGCUUUAUGCCCUGUCACUAAAGAUUGAACCCCGGCUCCCUGCCUGAAUAGCUGGCCCAGGUCCUGAGUGCUCGGGAUUUUCCUGGAGAGAGGGAUGGACAGAAUGUGCAUGCCAUGUCUCCUGUGGUGGUACAGCGAGGAGUAGGGGAGGCGAAGCCAGCCUCCUUUGUUCACCAAAGACAACAAUUCAAACUGGAAUUGUCUGAAGUCAGGGACGCCCAGCUGUUCGGGGGUCAAAGACAAGUACUUCAGAUGAGGGUGGGGAGGUGGAAAGAUGGAUAUUGAGCAAAGUUGUUGGCACCAUUUUUGCCUAAGGGAAUGUAAAGUGGGACAUGCCAGUAACCACAUGGAUGGAGUGGAAAAGAAGGUACAUUUCAGACUUUGUCCCAGAUUCUGUUCGAACAGAACCUGGGGCAAGGCUCCAGGGAGACCUGGGAUGGCAUGUUGCUGGCCAGGGCACUCCCAUGACCAAGCUUCUCC